AUGAAGAAAAGAAAAAAUAAUUCAAACAAUUUCUUAAUUCAAGCUAAAAUAAUUCGUCGUAGUUUAAUUGGAGAUAAUAUGUUCGAUUACGACAAAGAAAAAUCCAGCACAACUGAUCAUGCGAUUCCAGAAUUAGAUAAACCAGCACCACAUAUGCAACUAAAUGAAUGUUUUAAUACAAAAUCAAAAUCAUCAUCUGAGUCAUUUAUUGCUACAAUUAAUUCAAAAUUCUUGUCGGUUGGUUCUAUACUGAUGAAUUAG